AUGAAUUUCAAUUUUGGAGGUCCAUCUCAUUUAUCAUCUUCUAAUUCGUCAUCAUUUUCUGACAAUGAAAUUGAUGACGAGGAAUUGAUGAAUGAUCUUGAAGCGAUUGAUGCAGAGCAAGAAGCAAUCAUUCGCAUGAGAGCUAACAACAACCUCCUCCUCCUUCGCUAUCUCAAUCAACAAAACAACCAGGUGAUCCAUAGAGGAUCAAUUCCUGGUCAUAGAGUCAUCAAUCGCAACUGGGAAACUGUUGAUCGCAAUCUGUUCAAUAAUUAUUUUGCCAAUAAUCCACGUUGUAUUCCGGAUGUUGGCGUAUGUCUACCGGCAGAUGCUACUGAUGAGUAUAUUAAAUUAGGCGAGUCUACAACCAUUGAAAGUUUGAAGAGAUUUUGUCGUGCUGUUGUUGAGGUAUUUGCAGAACGAUAUCUAAAAUCACCUAAUGCUAAUGAUGUUGCAAGGCUACUUCAUAUUGGUGAACAACAUGGUUUUCCAGGAAUGUUGGGUAGUUUAGAUUGUUCCAACAAUGACAUUAAUGUGUUGGAGGCAUCUCAUAUGUUUGUCAACCUAACUCAAGGUAUUGCUCCUCCCGCUCAUUAUAUCAUUCAAGGAAAAUAG